UUUAUUCUGUCAUUUAUUUACAUUGUUUUGGUACUCGUUUCUUAGUUGUUUUGUAAUUCUGUUAGUGAUUUAAGUUUUAAUAAGUUAUUUAGGACAUUUUUUUAGUUUUAAUUGUUAAGUUAAUAGUUUAUAUAUAAUAGUUUUAAUAGGACAUUUUUUAGUUUUAAUUGUUUUUGGACACUAUCACUAUGCCUUACAAUUGUUGUGUGCCACAGUGCAAUUCGGUUUCGAAUAAAACCGAAAAUGUAAAAUUUCAUAAAUUCCCAUCGAAUAAAGAUCUACAAAAACGAUGGUUGAUUGCUAUCAGGUCUGGAAAAAGGAUUAGCAAACAUACAAAAAUCUGUUCCAGGCACUUUUCAGAUGAAAAUUAUACAGUUACAAGUUUGGGACAAUGGAGGAUUCUUAAAAAAGAUGUGGUACCUUCUUUGAAUUUACCAAAAAGAAAAUUGGAUACUCAAGUGAAGGACUCUGGGAGAAGUAGAAAAAGACUCUGUACAACAGUAUUGCCACUAAACAAAAACAAUGAGCAAGCAGAAACUGAUAUAGUGCAAACAGAAAAUGAAUUAGUGCAGAGUGAUACACAAAAGUAUGGUUCAGAGACACCUUCUACUGAAAAUCCAUCAGUGAGUUCUAAGACAUCUAUUAAAACCCAAACAGUCAUUACAUUAAAUAGAUGUCAGUUAAUUGCAUACGAGUUUUUGUCGGAAGAACAGUUAAAACAUUUUACUGGCUUUUCAAGAAAAUUGUUUAGGUUUUUUGUUGAAGAGUUUGGAAAAUCUUACAUUAAAGUUCAUAGUGCACUUUCAGUGGAAAAUGAACUCUUAAUAACACUCAUGAAAUAUAGACUUAAUAUGUAUUAUUCCACAUUACAGAAUUUUUUUUCAGUAGAUAUUCGAACUGUCCGAAAAAUAUUUGUUAAGUGGACCAGGCAUCUGUUCACUUGCUUUAAAAAAAUUAACUUUUGGGAUAUCUCAACAACGUCAGAAGACCAGUACAAAAUUAUUCUGGACUGUACUGAAAUACCCAUAGAAAGAAGCACCGAUCCUAUUAUCCAGCAGGCAACGUAUUCUACGUAUUGUGGAACAAAUACGUUUAAAAUACUAAUAGCCUGCUCAGAAAAAGGGGAAAUUAUAUAUGUAUCUGAUGUUUAUGGAGGCUGUAUUUCAGAUAGAAAGAUUACAGCAGAAUGUGGAAUAUUAGAAUUAAUUCAAGAAGGAGAAUUUGUUUUAGCUGACAGGGGUUUUGACAUAUCCGAUCUGUUAGAAGAAAAAGGAGUACAUUUAAAUAUACCUCCAUUUAAAAAAGGAGCUCAGUUGUCAGAAGAGGAUAUAAUAAAAACAAGGGCAAUUGCCAAUCGUAGAAUAAUUGUCGAAAAUGUUAUAGGAUUGGCAAAAAAAACAUAAAAUACUGCAAGAUAGAAUUUCUUCCAAAUUAUUCCCAUAUGUCAAUGAAAUAAUUUAUAACUGUUUCAUGAUUUGCAAUUUUAAAAACAGAAUAUGUAACAUAUGAACAUUUUGGCAUGCAUUGGUGCCACACCUUAACUUCCCCUAAUAUACUCAUUUCUGAUUUUAUCCUUUUUUGUCACUCCACUCAUCCGUCUAAGCAUUCUCAUUUCCACUGCAUGCAUUCACUGUUCCUCUUUCUUUUUCACUGCCCAAUAUUCAGUUCCGUACAUCAUAGCCAGUCUUAUGGCUGUUUUAUAGAAUUUUCCCUUCAGCUUCAUUGGAAUUAGUCUAAUAUUUCCUUAUCAAAUUUUUUUAUUAUCAUCAACUGAGAUUUCUGUUGUAAUCUAAUGACCACAAUUAUGUAAAUAUAUAAUAUACUCUACAUUUUAAAAAAGUGUAUAAAUAUUGCAUUACCAAAUAAGUACUUUUAGUUAAAGAAAUGUUUAUGUAAUAGAUUCUAGAAUUAUUACAGUCUCUGCUAUCAAAGUAGUAAAAUUUUUGGAAUAUUGUAUAUAGAAUCCCUUCUCUUAGUAAUAUUUCCUUAUUAAAUGUUUUAGUAUCACCAACUGAGAUUUGUGUUGUAAUCUAAUAGUCAAAAUUAUGCAAAUAUGGGUAUCUAUGUACUCAUUAUAUACAUUUUAAAAAAGUAUAAAUAUUAGAUUACAAAAUAAGUAAUUUCAGUUAAAGAAACCCAAAUAUAAUCCAGAUUCUAGAGUUACAGUCUCUGCUAUCAAAACAUUAAACAAUAAAUAAUAUGGCCUUGGUAAGACUAUACAUUUAUUAUACUCAUAUUGGGUGAUCUAAUAUUGUAGAUGUUAUUAUGAAAUAUUUUAAAAUUUUAUUAUUGAACUAAUAAAAAUUUUCUUUUUGAUGAUGUUCAAAUGGUUUUUAAUCAUAGAACAUUGAUAUUUUCGUGCAUUAUCAAAUAUGGAAUAUGGGUAAAAUAGUAACGUUAAAGUUUUCGUUUUGCCUCGUUUUCCUGUGCUUUCUUCUUCUUUCUUUUCUUUUCUCUGGGCACUGCUCUUAGACAACUUGCCAGCUCGGUAGAAUAUUGUUCCAACAAAAAUCACAAACUAGUUCACGGCUGGUUGAAUUCGCACAUGCGUAUUGUGCAGCAGUCAGAAACUGUUAUGAACUAGUUUGUGAUUCUUUGUAGGAACAAACCUAAUAUAUUGCUUCUCCAUUUGUCUGGCAUUUGAAAAACUUUCAUAAUUCUAUUAAAUAGGUCUGUAGCCAACUUGUUUCUGUCUCUCACAAUGCUCUCCAUACUUCCCCAGAACUAUAGAUAUACCUCUAAUUAUUAUUUACAUAUAACAUUUGUGAUUUGUUACUAUUUAUCAACUGUAAUUUGUUUUAAAAUUGCAAAAAAAUUAAGACUUAAACAAGAUUUGAUUUGCGUUAUUUUAUUGGUUAACUAUGAGACAGAAAAAAAAUAGUUAUUUAUUGACAAAGCAAACAGUUACAUAUUAUACAUAUAUUUGGAUGAACAUUCACUAACAUUUUAAAAAUAUGUGAAACACUGAUGUGAAUCUUUUUUAAAAUUAUGUAGGUACCUAUAGUUCAUUCGCUUUCAAGAUGAGCUAAGACAUCAGAUUUGUGGUUUUUCAUGUCACCGCAGCUUGUCGUUGGUUAGCAAUUAAUUUAAUCAUUUUAUUAUAAAUUAAUUUCUAACCAACGACAAGCUGCAGUGACAUGAAGAACCACAAAUCUGGUGUCUUAGCUCAUGUUGAAAGCGAAUGAACUAUAGAAUGUGGAUAGCUAAAAGGUUUAUUUACUUGUUUACAGUUGUAGUUCAAAUUAAAAAAAAUCGAUAGAUUUUAUUAUUGCAAAGUUGAAAAAUGUUUACCAAAUUUUGUUGCAAGCCACUUGAAUGUUGUUUGAGAUCUUCUUUUGGUAGUUUUUUCUCAAGAACUAAAAAAUAACAUGAAGUUAUCAAGCACACCAUUUUGUACAUGAUAAGUUUUGUUUAAGGUGAAAUAAACAUACACAUAGACUUCUUAAAAUUUUUAUUAAAAUAGAUAGAUACAAGUUUAUCCAUUUCCACACCACAGUAUUCUUUAGAGAAAUGCUGUAGGAUAAAUGGCGCGUUAACUUUUUUAUUAUAGUGGAAAGUUUUGCCAGUAGCCUUAUUAUACCCACUGACUUCAAAAAGUCCAAUAGAUCACAAAAUAAGUCCUUAGAUAUGUACUGGGACAUUUUAGAACUUUUUUUCUGAUCUAUGGAACUUUUUACAAGCUGAUGAUAAAUGAACAUUUCUUUAAAAAUGUAUCAGAAUAGUUCAUUAAUUAGCAACUUUUAAUGUGUUGAAUGCCAAAAACACUUUAUUUUCUUCUUAGAACACAACUGUUUAAUAUAGGUAAAUGCCCAGCAUUGUUCUUUUAUCUAUCCAUAACCUAGAAUCUAGAACAUAAAAAUACAUCUAAAUAAAAUAUAA